ACAGAGACCACACAAACCUCACUCUAGGAAAAAAAAUGCUAUCACUGUUGAAUAGCUAUUUAAACAAUAGUUCAGAAAGUGCUGAAUCUGAAUUUAUUCAAUAUUUCUAGUUGCUUUAUUGAGAAUGUCGGUGCUCGAAGGAAUCAACUCUAAAGCCCUGAAAACAGGUGACUUGCCGCCACCUUCUCCAUCCCCCAACACUUUCCGCAUUUAUAGCAUGCGCUUCUGCCCUGCUGCUCAGCGAGCUCUGAUCUACGCGUCCGUUAAGAAAAUCCCAAGUGAAGUGAUUAACAUCAACCUCCAACAAAAACCCGAUUGGUAUUUCACCAAGAAUUACAAGGGACAAGUCCCAACUUUGGAGCAUGCGGAGGGGAAGAAGCUGGUUAUAGAAUCAGCUGUGAUUCCUGAGUACUUGGAUGAUAUUUUCCCAGAGACAAAAAUUCUACCCAGUGAUCCGUAUGAAAAAGUUCAGCAGAAGUUGCUGUUGGAAAGGCUCAGUGAUCAGCUGACUCCGGCGUUUGGAAGAGUUUUUAGAGCUAUUAAAAACCCGGAAGAGUUGAAAGAGAAGUUUGAAAGUAUCCUGAAAGCGUUUGAAGAAGCAGAAAGUCUACUGGAAGGAGCUUUUUAUUCAGGAACAUCUUCACCUGGCUUCGUCGACUACCUGAUCUACCCUAGCUUUCAACGUGUCUAUUGGCUAACAUUCCUUCUUGAGAUCUUCCCACUUCCAUCGGACAACUUUCCAGGACCGGGCUAUCCAAAAUUAUCUCAAUGGUUCAAGGCAAUUACGGCAAUCCCAGAAGUUGCGGCUGCAAGUCAAUCAACGGAAAAUGGCGUGGGAUCUUGUAAAGAAUAUAUGAAGGGAUUGCCAUAUUUUGAUUAUGGCUUGUAAUAUGUUAAAAUGAACAUGUUUUGUUUCAUGGCACCAAUAAAUAAAAUAGAAUACCCAUUUUUAGACACAAAUUCUGAGAAUGUAAAAAAUAGAAAUUUACAGCAAAAUCACAAUAAAUAUUUUCAAAUUAU